UCCCGCAACCUCAGGAUGCCGGAGGCCAAGAGCUCCCGCCAGGAGCCGCUGCGAUGGAAGAAGCAGCCGGUGCGCCGCACGGUCAGCCAGAUCUGUCCGCCCCCGCGGCGACCCCUGACCGUGGCCGACAUCCGACCCGGCAUGGAGAACGAGAGGCUGGGAGUGGUGCGGGAUUCCAUGUUUCAGAACCCGCUCAUCGUCAAGGCUGAGCUCGGGAAGCCCCGAGAGAGAAGCUGCAGUUUGCCGGGAGUUGAUUUUAAUUAUGGACUCUACACCCGGGGACUGGAUGGAGGCGUCCCCGCAGCCAUCGGACACUGGAAUGUGUUUAAGCAGCAGCCCACCUGCCCCCAUGAGCUGACCCGGAAUUACAUUGCCAUGAACCGGGGGGCAGUGAAAGCCGGCCUGGUCACCGCUCGGGAGAAUUUCCUCUACCGUCAGCUCAAUGACAUCCGUAUCAGUGACCAGGAAGACCGGCACGUCAAGAAGGAAUUGCCCUCUCUCCCGCCAAAUAUGACAUUUGGGACCCCGGCACGGCCCUCCACACCUUUCUUCGACCUGCUACAGCAUCGCUACCAGCAGCUUUGGGUGCAGGAACAGAAGGCCGCCCAGAAAGCCAUUAAACUGGAGAAAAAGCACAAGGUGAUCCUGGGGAAGCUGUAUGAGACCCGGAGCAGUCAGCUGAGAAAGUACAAGCCGCCCGUGAAGCUGGAUGCCCUCUGGCAUAUGCCUCACUUCCAGAAGGUGCGUCCCCACCUCAGCACCUUCCCCACGGAGGCCGAUCGCCAGAGGGCACUGAGAGCCCACCGGGACGAGCACGCGGUGCGCCAGGGGACCCUGCGGAUGGGCAACUACACCCACCCCUGAAGCCUGCCAGGCCGGGCAGAAGGGCCGGAGGAACUCCCCCUUCUCCGCCCCGCUCACGUGAGACGCCCCCCCACACCCGACUUUUAUGCGGGUCCUGCUUUGGCAAGGACCUCAGGUUCAGGUCUUUGAUUGGUUCUUUUUGGUAAGAGUCCCCGCCCCCUUUUAGGUUAGCCGUAGCCCCAGGGACCCUCCCGCUAGGAUUCCUUCUCCUGCUGGAGUCCCCCCUGCCCCUGCUCUCCGGCCCUCCUGUGGGGAAGCGAACCCAAACCCCAAACUGCUGGCAGCAGCCAGACUCCAGCCAAAGCCCCGACUCCAAGGCUCUGCCCUUUGAGUGUGAAAACCCCCCGUGUGAUUCCUGCGGAGAGCCCUCACUUCAUAUCCCGAGCAGGAGUGUAACUGCUUUGGGGAUGCCUGAUGCCUCCUCGGGCCAGUUCUCUCUCUCUCCUGGGAACCCCUGACAACGACCCAGGGCCUGUCCGCCCCCCUCCACGCCAGGUGCCUGUCCAUCAGGCAGGCAAAGAGGGGCUUCUCCACCCGGACGGACCUUGGGAAAGCCAACCCCGCCCGAAGGAGAGAGCUCUCUGGGCCCGUAGGUGGGCGGAUGAGGCCCAGGCUGAGGAACUUUCUCAGCCACGCUCCUGAGCACUUCUCCCCUCAAGCAUUCUGCACGGCCUCAUCUUCUCCCCGAAAAUUCCAUGCUGCUCUAUUUUACAUUAAAA